AUGGAGGAGGCCACAAGACGAGCUCUCCCUCAUGGGCUCCUUUCCUUUGUGCGGAGCCUCCCGCAUAGGGAUGAGCUGCUGGGGGCAGCCCUCAACUUCCUCACAGAGGGCCGUAUUUUGACUGCUCUCAAUCAAUUCAAAGAAGGGUUGGAGACCUUCGGGAUUCUAGCUCUUUUGAGGAUCCACCAUGAGGAGCUCAAGGGGGUCUUCAUGGACACACCUGAGCCGCUGCUGGCCUCCCGGUUGGAGUCCACAUUCAUGACGUCCUACCUGUCUGAGCCGGGCUCCAAUCGGAGGAGGAAGGAGGCCAGGACCCUUAUAUAUUGGAGGGACUGGCUGAUCGAGGUGGAGGAUGGAGAUACGAGUCUCACCCUGGGGGCGGUUCUGGCGUUUGCCACGGGCCUCAAAAGGAUUCCUGCUGUGGGUUUUCCCAUCGGACCCCGGCUUGAAUUCCUCCAUGAGGAAGAUGGACCGGCCCUUUUCCCCACGGCCAAUACCUGUUCCCUGGUCCUCAGGCUACCGGUGUAUCCGGAGUACAAUCGAUUUAAGGAGGCCAUGAAGGAAGCUAUUGGGUCACAAAUACCGGAGUUCUCGGCCAACUCCAACUUGAGGGAUUGCAGUCCAGCCAAUGCCCUGGCCACGGACCCAUAUCUGGUGCUGUGUUAUUGGGGAUAA